CAGACGAACACGUGGCUGCCGCGGAGCCAGGGCAGCAAUGGCGGCGGGCGGCCGUGGUGUUGCAGACCCCCUGUCCCCGGCAGGGGUUCCUUGCGCCUUCUCCCCGCUGAACCAGGCCUACUUCGCUUUGGCGUCUGCCGACGGUCAGUUGCGAGUGUGGGAGACAGCCAACAAUAGGCUGCACCAGGAGUACGUGCCUUCCGCGCACCUCAGCGGUACCUGCACCUGCCUGGCCUGGGCGCCAGCGCGGCUGCAGGCCAAGGAAAGUCCCCAGAGGAAAAAAAGGAAAUCAGAGGCUAUAGGACCGAGUAACCAGAUUGACUUGUUGGCUCUUGGUACAGCAGUUGGUAGUAUUUUAUUAUACAGUACAGUAAAAGGAGAAUUGCACAGUAAAUUGAUAAGUGGUGGACAUGACAACAAGGUCAAUUGCAUACAGUGGCAUCAAGACAAUGGCUGUUUAUAUAGUUGUUCAGAUGAUAAACACAUUGUGGAAUGGAAUACACAGACAUGCAAAGUAAAGUGCAAAUGGAAAGGUGACAACAGCAGCGUCAGUUCCCUGUGUAUUAGCCCAGAUGGAAAGAUGUUGCUUUCAGCUGGUCGAACAAUCAAACUAUGGGUUUUGGAGACCAAAGAAAUCUACAGACACUUCACAGGACAUGCAACGCCUGUUUCCUCACUCGUCUUCACUACUGUCAGACCUCCUAGUGAGAGCCAGCCCUUUGAUGGGGUCACAGGCCUUUAUUUCCUGUCAGGAGCAGUGCAUGACCGGCUACUUAACGUCUGGCAGGUCCGGUCAGAAAACAAAGAAAAGAAUGCAGUGAUGUCUUUUACAGUUACAGAUGAACCUGUCUAUAUUGACUUGACGUUGUCAGAAAAUAAAGAAGAGCCUGUCAAGUUAGCUGUUGUUUGCAAAGAUGGUCAAGUUCAUCUUUUUGAACACAUAUUAAAUGGAUACUGCAAAAAGCCUUUGACUUCAAAUUGCACAAUUCAGAUAGUGACACCUGGGAAAGGCAAGAAAUCAACACCAAAACCCAUUCCUAUUCUAGCAGCUGGGUUUUGCUCAGACAAAAUGUCAUUGUUGCUUGUAUACGGCAAUUGGUUUCAGCCCACCAUUGAGCGAGUGGCUUUAAGUUCCAAAGAACCUCACAUGUGUUUAGUAAGAGACAUUUCAAACUGCUGGGCCCCCAAAGUAGAGACGGCUAUAACAAAGGUGAGAACACCAGUGAUGAAUUCUGAAGCAAAAGUUUUGGUGCCUGGGGUACCUGGUCAUCAUGCAGCUAUCAAACCUCCUCCUUCACAAACUGAGGAGAUAGAGAGCAAGAGGAAAUUAGGGGAAAAUGAGAUUAGCAUUGAAGAGCGCCUGGGAGCACUGGAUAUAGAUACAAAGAAAGAGAAGGAUGACCUUCCACAGACAAAUAGCUUUCCAGUUCUUCUCACACAAGGAUUAGAAAGUAAUGAUUUCGAAAUGUUAAAUAAAGUACUUCAGACUAGGAAUUUAAACCUAAUUAAGAGGACUGUAUUAAGGAUGCCCCUGCAUGCUGUUAUUCCAUUGUUGCAAGAGCUUACAAAAAGAUUGCAGGGACAUCCUAAUAGUGCUGUUUUAAUGGUUCAGUGGCUAAAAUGUGUGUUAACGGUCCAUGCAUCCUAUCUAUCCACAUUGCCUGAUCUGGUACCCCAGCUGGGGACACUAUACCAGUUAAUGGAAAGCAGAGUAAAAACUUUUCAGAAACUCUCCCACCUUCAUGGAAAGCUUAUUCUUCUGAUUACUCAAGUCACAGCUUCAGAGAAAUCAAAGGGAAUGACUUGUCCUGAGCAAAAGGCAAAAUUGGUAUAUGAGGAAGGUAAGGUUUGGGGCAGUGUAGAAUUUAGAAUUGGAACAUUCAUCUUUUAACUUUGAAUUCUCUUAUCUUAUUUUAAAGAACAUGAAUGUGAAUAAGAUCAUGCUUGGCACACCUUCUGUGGCAAAAUACAAUCAAAUAAGAAAAGAGAAGGCACAAAUAAAAUAGAGUAACAAAAAGGCAUUAGGUAUGGAAGAGAUGAACAGAAGUAGGAGAACACUGUGAACAAACUUUAGGCCAGCACAUUAUGACCCUAGAUGACAAUAGGUAAUUUCUUAGGAAACAUUAAUGACCAAAGUUGACUAAAUAAAAAGAACUAGAAACCUUGAAUAAGCUGAUGACCCUAAAAUUGGUUUAAUCAAAACAUUUGCUCAAAGAUGCCAGGCAUAGAGUUUUUAUAGGUGAAUUUUGAUCAGUCUUUCAAGGAAUAAGUCAUUUUUGUUACAAACAAUUUUGGCAUUUUAUGAGUCAAAACCAGAUAAGGAUAUUAAGAAAACAACAUUUUAGACCAUCUUCAAAUAUCCUGAGUAGCAGAUUAUAGAAGUGCUUAACUAAAAUACCAAGUAGAAUUUAUUUGAAGAUUGUAAGACAAUUUAGCAUCAAGGAUUUAUUAAUGUAAUUACUACAUUAACUGAUUAAUAGAACACUAUAUACGAAUAAAUCUAGAAAAAGAAUUCCAUAAAAUUCAGUCUUUAUGUCAUUAUUGAUAAUCUAAGCAAUCUACAGAUUUAAAGGAAUUCUCUUAAUCUGUAUCAAGGCAGAGUUUGGAAGCAUUCCCAUAAAGUCAGGAACUAGACAAUAAUGUACUUUUUAUUGCUUCUGGAUAUCCUGCCUAGUACUGUAUGAAAGAAGUGAAUUCUAGAACAUUGGACUUGGCAGUUGUUAACCAUCACAACUUAGAAAAUGCAGCAGAAUCUACAGUUAUACCAUCAUGAAUGAGAUAAGGAAGUAAGUUUACUGGAUAUCAAGAUCAGCAAAAAGGAAUCGGAAUCAGUAGCAUUAUUAUGUUCCAGUAACAUAUUGUGUGUCUACUAACAUGUUUCCCAGUCAGGAAAUUUAUUAGGAAGAAGAUCUCAUUCAUAGCAGCAAUCAAAACUAUGAAGUCCCUAGAAAUAUAUCUAAAAAUUAAACAAACCUUUAUAUAGAGAAAAUUACAGAACAUAAUUGAAGGACAUAAAAGCAUACCUGAAUUAAUUAGACUUCAUGUGCAUUUUUCCAAAUUUUAUUGAGAUACAAUUUACCCAUGACAUUAUAUUUUUUUAGGCGUGCAACAUAAUGAUUUGAUACAUGUAUGUAUUGCGAAAUGGCCACCAUAAUAUGUUUAAUUAACAUCCAUCACCAUACAUAGUUGCAUUUUUUCCCCCCUAACAAUGAGAACUUUUUUUAUUCUCUUAGCAGCUUUCAAAUAAACUGUACAGUAUCGUUAACUGUGGUCACCAUGCUGUACAUUAUAUCCGCAGGACUUCUUUAUCUUAUAACUGGAAGCUUGUAUCUUUUAAUUUUCACUCAUUUCUCCCUACCCUGCAUUCCCCAUGUCUGGCAACCACCAGUCUCUUCUCUGUAAGUUUUGUGUUGUUUAGAUUGCACACAUAAGUGAGAUCACACAGUAUUUGUCUUUCUCUGUCAUACUUAUUGCACUUAGCCCAGUACCCUCAAGGUCUAUCCAUGUUGUCAUAAAUGGGAUGAUGUCCUUUUUUAAAAAGCUGAAUGAUAUUUAAUAGCUGAGUUCAGUGGCUGAAUGUAUACCACAUUUUUUUUAAACAUCCAUCCAUUCCAUCAGUGGACUCUUAGGUUGUUUCCGUGUCUUGGCUGUUGUAAAUAAUGCUGCAGUGAACAUGGGGGUGCAGGUAUCUCUUUGAGAUCCUGACUUUGUUUCCUUUGACAUCUACCCAGCAGCAUAAUUGAUGGGUCAUCUGGUAGUUUUAUUGUUAAUUUCUUGGAGAGCCUCCAUACUGUUUUCAGUAAUGACAGUACCAAUUUACAUUUCUACCAAUAGUGCAUGAGGGUUUCCUUUUCUCCAUAUCCUUGGCUUAAGUUUUUAAGGAUGGAUUUUGUUAAGGUUUUGGUACUUUGUCCUCCUCAGUGAGAUCUUGGUGGAAUAAAACAGUAAAUGUACUUUUAUGCAAAUAAGAGUAUUAACUUAAUGUUACUUCUUAGGUGGAUGAUAGCUGAAUAUAUUUCUAAAAGUACAUUCAGGAAUCUGAUUCUAUUUAGUUUUUAGGGCUCUGCCCUCUGCUUGUUGAUUACAAACUUAAGGCUGGGUUUUCUCC